UCAUAUUGCGCUUUGCGCAUGUUCAGAUUGAUCAAAACACCGAUGCAGCAGCAAUGGUUUUAUGACGAUUUUCUAAACAAGAAAUGCGGCGUCAACUGGGAUUUUUAUGUCGUUUCAGCAACUCGGACUUUAGCAACAGUUAAGCUCCAACUUUGAACAAGUCAGGAUGUUUUAUUUCCCGACAACUGUGUGACCGGUUAGAGGAUGGAAAACGUCGCCGUGUCGGCUGCAGAGGGGACCGCUGGCUGUCCCCUGGUCUCCGAGGACAUGGAGGGGAUCUGCGUGAUGCCCGAUCUCAGGGCCAUCAAGACUGAGCAGUCGGUGGGUCCGACCCCCGACGAACCGAGCCCUCAAAACGUGGCCAUGGGCAUCAAGUUCAUCCUCCCCAACCGCUUUGACAUGAACGUUUGCUCCCGGUUUGUGAAGUCCCUCAACGAGGAGGACAGCAAGAACAUCCAGGACCAGGUGAACUCUGACCUGGAGGUGGCCUCUGUUCUAUUUAAAGCCGAGUGUAACAUCCAGACGUCGCCGUCGCCAGGCAUACAGGUCCGACACGUGUACACGCCGUCCACCACCAAGCAUUUCUCGCCAAUCAAACAGUCCACCACGCUGACCAACAAGCACCGCGGCAACGAGGUUUCCUCCACGCCGCUUCUGGUCCACUCUUUAUCCAUUCAUCAGCUGGCAGCCCAGGGGGAAAUGGUGUUUUUGGCCAGUAGAAUUGAACAAGAGACGGUGAUCAAUCUCCAAGACGAGGAAGGUUUCACCCCUCUCAUGUGGGCGGCGGCGCACGGACAGAUCGCCGUGGUUGAGUUUCUGCUCCAAAACGGGGCCGACCCAAACCUGCUGGCCAAAGGGAGGGAGAGCGCGCUGUCCCUGGCCUGCAGUAAGGGAUACACAGAUAUCGUGAAGAUGCUCAUCGACUGCGGCGUGGACGUCAACGAGUACGACUGGAAUGGAGGAGCCCCUCUGCUGUAUGCUGUCCAUGGCAACCAUGUGCGCUGUGUUGAGAUUUUGCUAGACAGCGGCGCUGAUCCAACUGUGGAGUCGGAUUCAGGAUUCAACGCGAUGGACAUGGCUGUGGCUAUGGGCCAUCGAAACGUUCAACAGGUAAUGGAGGCCCACCUAUUGAAGCUACUGAUGGGAAUCAGAGAGUGAACUCCCGGUGAACAGACCCUUACAGGACGUCGUUUUAGUGCUGGACAAUCAUGUAGCACGCCUUGGAUUUCAGCCUGCAGGAGGAUUUUUGGUCUCUGAAAGAUAUUUAAGCUGUGUUGUAAAAUAUUAUUUAUUGAAUCUGGUGCACCUGAUGCUCGUGGAGGUUUGUGCUGCGAAAAGUGCGCUGCAGGGUCAGUUUGAUUUUUGCUAAAGUUGAGCAAGGGGGUAUGGUAGGUUUUGUCAUGUUCUGAAAUAUUAGUACCCCUUUUCACUUGUUUGAAAAUUAACUGUAAUGAAACUGUUUAAGGUUAAAAAAAGUCUGUUGGUCUGGUCUUUACAGGAAGCACAUUGAACUGGGAGGCCACGAAGCUGCCAACAUGUCUGUGAAUUUACUGAAUCUGUGUGGUUUUUAUUUAUUUGGAUUUAUUGUGGCCAUUGUAGGGUCAAUUUGUGUUUGUGAACAGUGAUGCUUAGAUGUUUUUGGUGAAGUUGUAAAGACGGUACACUGCAAUCCAACAGCCAAAAGUGGUAUUGUGGUGCUUUUGGCUCAAAUGACUCGUGCAUUAAAACAGUUAUUAAGCUGUCUGUCCAAAUUCAUUAGCCGUCUUUCCACUUUAAAAUGGCGUUUUUAUUUAUUUUAGAAGCAGUUUGAAACUAGAAAACAAAGGGUUGUCUAACCUCUGGCCAAAAUCAGAUGUGAGAAAAUUCUGCUGAUUUCAAAAUAUAGAUUUGCCACCAUGUGAUGUGAUUUUUGUAAAACUUGGCUAAAUAAAAUAUCUAAAAGCUGA